GCUCUUCCCUAUUUCACUCCAUCUUUCCUCCUUCCCACAGGGAUGCUGCCAUGCAAUACAGUAACAGGGCUGAAGGCAACCACACCGCAGUGACCCACUUCAUCCUCCUCGGCCUGACAAGCGAGCCCAAGAUGCAGACCCUCUCUGUAAUCUUCUUCAUGAUUUAUCUCAUCACUCUCAUGGGCAACCUUGGGCUGAUGGCACUGAUCAAGACAAGCCCCAGGCUGCACACCCCCGUGUACUUCUUCCUCUGCAAUCUCUCUGUUGUUGAUCUUUGCUACUCCUCUGUCUUUGCUCCAAAGCUGCUUCUUGCCUUCUUGGUGGAAAACAAAACCAUCUCUUACCCUGCCUGCUUCCUGCAGCAUUUCUUCUUCCUCAUGUUUGUGACCACAGAGGUGUUCUUGCUGGCUGUGAUGGCUUAUGACUGCUAUGUAGCCAUCUGCAACCCACUGCUCUACACGGUUUCCAUGCCCCAGGUCUGUGUUCAGCUGGUGGCUGCAUCAUACAUGGGGGGGAUUUUGAACUCCCUAAUCCAAACCUGUUGCUUGCUGCUGUUGCCUUUCUGUGGUCCAAACACCAUCAACCAUUACUUCUGUGACACUAACCCUUUGCUGAAGCUCUCCUGCUCCAACAGCCACCUCAAUGAGCUUUUGCUUGUAAUUCUUCAUGGGAGCAUUUCCAUGUCUGUGCUGGUCCUCAUCAUCACCUCCUAUGUAUACAUCCUCUUGUCCAUCCUGAGGAUUAGGUCUGCUGAAGGAAGGCACAAAGCCUUCUCUACUUGUGCCUCCCACCUCCUGACCGUUACCUUGUUCUACGUCCCUGCUGGGCUCAGCCACAUGCAAUCAGCUUCCAAGUACUCCCUGGAGACAGAGAAAGUCACUGCUGUGUUUUACACCCUCCUUGUCCCUAUGCUCAACCCUCUGAUCUACAGCUUGAGGAACAAGGAUGUUAAAGAUGCCCUUAGGAAAGCAACAGCAAAUAACCUCAUUGCGAGCUGCUCAUUGACCAACCCGGUCCCAGCUGGUUGA